GCAGGCACAGGCCAGGGUCUGAGCUGGUGGUGUGUAAAGGAGCCCAGCUGAGCCAGACAGGAUAUGGGAUUGAAAGGAAAAGCCAAGUUUGGGGCUGGGAUCGGGUUACUGUCCCCUACUUAACUGCUCCCUGCCUGGUCCAAGCUUAGGCUGAUCCUCAUUAGUCUUUGAUUUUGGGCUCCUCCCAGCCCGGGCUCUAGCUCCCUCCCUCUCACCAACAGCCUGGGCUCCAUCUCUAGUCCCAAGCUGGCUGGCACUCUGGGGACCUCAGUAGCCUGGUCAGCCCCCUUCAGCUGAGAAGAAAGAGAAGCUGUGAAGCUGUGAACUGCUUGUUCGUGUGUGCUGGGUUAAACCAUGGCUGCAAUACGGAAGAAACUGGUGAUUGUGGGCGACGGGGCCUGUGGGAAGACCUGCCUUCUCAUUGUCUUCAGCAAGGAUCAGUUCCCCGAGGUCUAUGUCCCUACAGUCUUCGAGAACUACAUCGCAGACAUUGAAGUGGAUGGCAAGCAGGUGGAGCUGGCGCUGUGGGACACGGCAGGGCAAGAAGACUACGAUCGUCUCCGGCCUCUGUCCUACCCGGACACUGACGUCAUCCUCAUGUGUUUCUCCAUUGACAGUCCUGACAGCCUGGAAAACAUUCCUGAGAAGUGGACUCCAGAGGUGAAGCACUUUUGCCCCAAUGUGCCCAUCAUCCUGGUGGGGAAUAAGAAGGAUCUGAGGCAAGAUGAACACACCAGAAGGGAGCUGGCCAAGAUGAAACAGGAGCCUGUUCGAUCUGAGGAAGGCCGGGACAUGGCAAACAGGAUCAGUGCCUUUGGCUACCUUGAGUGCUCAGCCAAGACUAAGGAAGGGGUGCGGGAGGUAUUUGAGAUGGCCACUCGGGCUGGCCUACAGGUCCGCAAGAAUAAGCGCCGGAGGGGCUGUCCCAUUCUCUGAGUUUGCCAUGAUCGCUCCAGUUUUCCCUUCCUCCCCCUCACGGGGUUCAAAAUACCCCUAUCCCAUUCCACCCUUGUAGGGCUCCAGGCUGCCAGUUUCUUUUUUGGUUCUUUCCUGCCCAGGACUGCAUGAGUUUUCCCAGCCCCACCUGGGGGCUGGUAGGCCCUUUCCUCCCUGCCUCUGGGAACCAGGCUAGUGCCCUGCCCUUCCUGAGCAGGGCCCCUCCGCCUGCCUGCCGCGUUGGUCCAGGGGUUGGGCUCGUAGUCCCUUCCCUUUAUCACACACCAGCACUUUAUAUUUCUGGCUCACAGGAGGAGUCUGGGGUGGCGUUUCUGCUUUGGGUAGUAGCCUCACCUCUGACUUGACUCAGUGGGAGGGCAGGACAUGAAUAAAGGUCAAAGGUUGCACCACGUGCGGCAGCUUCCUGUCUUUACUGGCCUACCUUGGCUGUGAGCCUGGAGUCCCAUCUUUUUCUCGAGUUGCUGGCUAGGCUGGGCCCCUGUCUGCCGAGGCGGGGCUGGGGGCGGAGGCAGCAGGGGACAGGGUGGAGUCUAAAGGAUGAGGUCAUGUUUGGCUGACUGCCUGGGUGGGUGAGGG